AUGUUUAUAGUUACUCGUUUAUUACAGAACCCUACUGUUCGGAUUCAAAACCAAAUUGUCACAAAGAACAAGUUGACCAAGAUUCUUAACGAUGGACCUAGUAAUCUUCAUUUCAUCUGUGAUUUUGACAUGACAAUGUCUCGUCAUUGGGUAAGGAAUCAUGAGACAGAUGCUUUGGAGCGUAAUGCUUCUUCUCAUGGUAUUCCCGGAAAGUAUUCCAAGAUAAGCCCAGAAUUCAAGGCGGCGACCAAGAAGAUCUACAAUACCUAUUAUCCUAUUGAAAUCAACCGGUCCAUGACUCAUGAAGAAAAGGUACCGUUCAUGAUUGAGUGGUGGGAAACUGCCCACAAGUUGAUCAUCGACCAAAAGAUCACAAAAUAUGACAUUACGGACAUGGUACAAGAAGCCCGCCUUGAAUUACGCCCUGUACUUAAAGAAGUCCUUGACCGGUGUGCGGCAAGCAAGAUUCCGUUUCUUGUCUUUUCGGCCGGGAUCGGAAACAUCAUCGAAGACGUUCUGGUGCAUGCCGGACUAUACUUCAAGAACAUGCACAUUGUAUCCAACAUGAUGGAAUUCAACUCGGAUGUCGGCAAGGGCGGCGGAGUGUGUGUGGGCUUUAGGGAGCCUUUGAUCCAUGUGUUCAACAAGAGCGAGUUCCAACUCGAGACCACAGACUACUAUUCUCAGAUCGAGAAUCGGCAGAAUGUGAUCCUGGUCGGUGAUUCUCUUGGCGAUCUCCAGAUGAGCAAAGGCGUGCGCCACGAGAUGUGUCUCAAUAUCGGAUUCCUCAACCACGACAUCGAGGCACUUGAGCCAAAGUACAAGGAAAUGUUUGAUAUCGUGAUUGUGGGUGAUGCAAACAUGUUACCCAUUCAGUCUAUCAUUGAGUCUUUGGUUGAAUAG